AUGUCAUCCGAGCGUGCGCGACAACUUCUGGACGAGCUCCUCAAGGAGCCUGGCGUUUCGGCCGUCCUUUUGCUGUCUUCUGGCGGUCGCCUGGGUGUCCGUUUGGAUUUGGCUACGGCCAGCAAGGAGGAGGACGAUGAGAUUAAAGCCCUCUUUGGUGAAGACCGACUUGCCAUCCGUCGAGGAACCAAGAGGAAGCUGGAGGAGGUGGAAGAGGAUACCGAUGAACGGCUCCUCGAGAUCUUCAAGCACAACUCUGGUCGCGAGUGCCACAGACUCAGACCAGACGUCUGGACUACACAUGGAAAGUGGAACAGACGCUACAAGCAUCUCGAGGACCUCGUCGAGAAAGAAACAACGGGUGCAGGUGGCAGCAAUGGCCGAGUGACGAACCGACCAUGGGCCAGUUGGUUCGAGUUAAACGGUACCAGAAUUCAGGCUGGUUUUGUCCGUCAACAAGCCGAUGAUUACCAACGAAUCAUCAUCGCUUUCACUCGUGCCAGUUCAGCUCCGCCCACAUACGGCUUGCAGGGCAUGUUCAUCCGCGCCGGAGUCGCAGCCAAAGCUUGGUCUGGCCUUGAGCCAACAUCUACCUCGCUGAUUAUGGCUAUCCCGCGGGCUCGUGUCGCUAGCAAAUGGCCGUUGGAAGAGACUAGAGCCGUUACAAAGGAAAUGAUCACUAUCCUCGAUGCAGCGGCAGAUGGCAUAACCGUCGAGCUCCUCUCUGUAGGAAUAGAUGGUCUCACGACAGACGUCUCGAGCCUCCGGUGGCUCCAAAGUACUUGGGGCCAUCGUCUCCGUCUCCGUCUUGUCAUUGUCGUUGGCCAAGCGUUCCCCGGAACGAUGGAUAGCUUUCCGGUUGCCGCAAACACCAUUCGCUACGGCGAAUUUGAGUUACGCGAUGUAUCUGAGGUGCUGGUAGAGCCCCAGACGCCCGGAAAGGCCAAUUCGAAAGAGUUGGUUGAUCUUAUUUCCCAGGUUCGAGAGAUGAAGCUUGAUCGCGAUGAGGGCUAUACACCACUCAACCAGCUCACAUCCGGUCGCGCAAACUUUCGUGUUUGCCCGGAUUCUGCUUUUGAGUCUGGAGUCGACGAAGAUAGCCGACAAAGUCGUUCUCUUCAUUGA